AACCCCUGCAAUAGAGAACCCCAACACCUUGUCCAUCUCUGCCCCUCCCACACCGGCCAGCUCCAACAAUCGGCUGAAGGAGAGUAUGGCCCUGCUGGAGCUGGACUUUGCUGAAUUCAAAGAGAGGACCCAGGCCAGGCAGUCUGGUCCCCCAGACAACACUCUGCAGCAGCUUAAACAGGACCUCAAGCAGCUCAAGAGCAACAACGAGGCUUUGGCAUCUGACCUCAGAGGAAGUGAAGAGGCACUCAAACAGGAGAACAGUGUGCUCCGUGUUCAGUUAGCCAAGGUGAGGGAGGAUGCUGAGUGUAGAGAGAAGAGCUUCACCAGGCAGGUCCAGCACCUGACAGAGACUCUCAUCAGUCCUCACAAUGACGAGUACAGAGACACAGACUCUCCCUGGCCCACCCUCUCUGCUCAGCACCCAGCCCAACAGCACCCUGGCACCUCCUGAUGCACCCACUCAGCCUGAAGAACAAGACCCACAAGUGGUCCUGCUGGCUGACUCAAACGGGAAGUUCCUGGACCCAAGAAAGCUUUUUCCUGAUAAAAAGGUUCUGUCUAAACACUGCAGCCCCCCAGGCCAGGCCAUGAAGCUGUUGAAAAAGGAGACCCUCAGGAGCCCUCAGUACCUGGUGAUCCACACGGGAACAAAUGACCUGCACAGCCUCCGUCGGGACUCUGCUGAGGCAGUGAGGAAGGUGGCGGAGCAGGCCAGCGAGGACUUCCCCGACACCCGCAUUGUGGUCUCCACCCUGCUGCCUAGGACAGACUCCCCUC